GUAAGAAUGUUGCGUUUCUCAGUACUGUGCACAAUCUGGAUUACGGCUCUACCAUCGAUCGUCGCUGAACCAUACAAAGGAUGGUGGAACUCGGCCGUUUUCUAUCAAAUCUACCCACGAUCUUUUAUGGACAGUAACGGCGACGGCAUUGGUGAUCUGCGGGGUAUCAUCCAACGACUAGAGUUCCUGCAAGCCAAUGCUAUCGAUGGGUUCUGGCUCUCGCCAAUAUUUCAGUCACCAAUGGCAGACUUCGGGUACGACAUAUCGGAUUACUAUGCUAUCCAGCCGGAAUAUGGCACACUGGAGGACUUCGAUGCACUAGUGAAAGAGGCAAACGCCCUGGGAUUACAGGUAAUUUUGGACUUUGUGCCGAACCACACCAGCGACGAGCAUGAGUGGUUUAAGAGAUCAGAAGCGCGCGAUCCCAGUUUCGAAGACUUCUAUGUCUGGCAUCCUGGUAGAAAGUCGAGUGCGAACGACACUUCCAUGCCACUUCCACCCAGCAAUUGGGUGAGCUUUUUCCGAGGCAGUGCAUGGCAGUGGAGUACAGUGCGGAAGGAGUAUUAUUUGCAUCAAUUUUCUGUCAAACAACCGGAUCUAAACUAUCGCAACCCGGCAGUGGUAGAAGCUAUGAAGAAUGUAAUGCGAUUUUGGAUGGCUCGAGGAGUAGCCGGAUAUCGUAUAGACGCUGUUCCAACGCUAUUUGAAGUGGCUCCGGAUGCAGAUGGCCAGUAUCCAGACGAACCGCUCAGUGGCAACACAAACGAUCCCGAAGAUCCCGGCUACUUGCUGCACAUCUACACUCAAGAUCGCAAUGAAACGCUUGACAUGGUGUACCAGUGGCGAGCCGUGACGGACGAAUUUCAGCAACAGAAUGGAGGAAGGGAACGCAUUAUAAUGGCCGAAACGUAUUCACCGAUUGAGAUCGUCAUGAAGUACUACGGCAACAAAUCCACUCCUGGUGCCCAAAUUCCGUUCAACUUUCAUUUCAUUACGGAUUUGCACGGAGGCUCGAGUGCCGACGACUUUAAGAAUACAAUCAACUAUUGGAUCGAUAACAUGCCAUCCACGAUGGACUCCGUUUUUCCAAACUGGGUGAUGGGCAACCAUGACCAACACCGCGUGGCCAGUCGUUUUGGAAGUGAUAUGAUAGAUUGUAUGAACAUGAUUCUCCUCUCACUACCGGGCGUAAGCGUGACGUAUAAUGGCGAAGAAAUAGGCAUGGAGGAUGUGUGGAUUUCGUACAAUGACACUGUCGAUCCGGCAGCGUGUAACGCCGGUCCGGAUCGUUAUCAGUAUACGACGCGUGAUCCUGAGCGAACACCAUUCCAAUGGGACGACUCCAAAGAUGCUGGAUUCUCCACCGGAAACCACACCUGGCUGCCCGUGUCACCAAACUACACGGUGGUAAACGCUAUGCAACAACUUUCAGCACCUACCAGCCAUUUGUUGGUGUACCGCAAUAUGACGACGCUAAAGCGAAUGAUCAAAUAUCAGUCACACAGUUUAGUCACGUUUACCGAACGUGAUGUGAUCAUUUUGAGGCAAAUCGGAGCGUUUGUGGCAUGGAAGCUGUGUUACGUAUAUACGAUCGUUAACAUCGGUAACAGUCUCGCUCUAAUCGAUCUAACUAAAAACGAUCCGUUGGAGGCGGCGGAAGGUUUUUAUGCAGUGCUUUCUCUAUCUUCAAAAAAACGUAUAUUUGAACCGGUGCCAGUCAACCGUAUUGAACUUGAUCCGAAGGAAUCGGUCGUACUGAUUGUUAGAGCUUCCACACUCUACCAAGUAAUUCAGAUAUGAGAUUUGGAAACCCAAAGACAAAAUAUUUUUGAAAUCGUACUCCUGUACGGUCAUGUUACAUGUCAAAAACUUUCAAAAUAAUCAAAUAUGAAGUGUUUUUUCGGAUUUCUGAAUGCAGUUUGAUUUCGUUCUAUUAAAGGUGAAAUUUGAAGGAAUUUUAUUUGUUUGGAUGUUGUUUCACAAUUUGAUUCCGUUACACGCGACCGCUGAGAAACGCAAGUACUUUUGGGGAACAAAAGCAUAAAUAAACUAAUCCCCCUUCCAUCCCAAGCUUCGUUGGCAUCGCGUUUGUAUCCUUGGUAGUUUAUUAAGCCAAUCAUUUCGAUACUGACUUUACGGCACCUUUCAAAUAAAAACGAAACAAAACCGUUAAACGAGAAAUUAAAAGCCAAAUCAAAAUCAAAGACAUUUGGUCAGUAACAAAAUCACCACUUCCUAUUGGUUCAACGGACGAAUUAUUGUGAAAUGAAAGCCUUAUGAGAAAGGACAACACCAAAUACUUGUUAUAACUCAAAUACAUGCUACAUCUAGAUUGAUUUUG